AUGGCUACUUUGGCUGAGUUCCAACAUCUGGAGGAAACCCUGAAUAAUAUGGAGGCUCAGGAUGAUGCUUACUGGAGGCAGAGAGCUAAACAUCACUGGCUUAAAAAUGCUAAUGCCAGUGCAAAGUUCUAUCACAGGUAUGCCUCUCAUCGUAGAAAAAAGAAUAUUUUGUCUAAGCUUAUGAAUGAUGAUGGGGAGUGGGUAGAAGGGAGUGCCAUGCAGAAUGUUGUUCUUGACUAUUUUGGUAAAAUAUUUUGUUCUAGUAGCCUGGUAAAUGGGGAGCCAUUUUUUCAAAAAGUAGCGCCAUGGGUUACCCAGGCUCAGAAUGAAAUGUUGCUACGACCUUUUGAGAUAGCUGAGGGGGGAUUUUUCAGAUUUUAUAUUGAAUUGUUUGAAUACGUGCUCUUCGCCCCUGAUUUGAAUAAUAUGGAUGUCGUGUUGAUCCCUAAGAAAACUACACCUGAGCUGGUCACAUAUCUAAGGCCUAUAGCAUUAAGUAAUGUGGUAUACAGGGUGAUGGCUAAGAUGAUACCCACAGAAUGA